UAACGUCUCGACGGAAGCAACGAUGAAUCUCUUCGACGGAAGCAAGAUGAAUCUGGACAGAGGCGAUGGAUAUCAACCGAGAACGGAGAGAAGGUCGAUGAAGAAAGGGAGGAGAUCGAUGAUUGUUGAAGAUAAAGUGAGGGUAGUUUAGUCUUUUACCCAUUAAAGAAUGUGGUAAUUUUGAAAAUGUCAUUUUAUUAGUGGUAUAGUUGAAUUGUGGUACCAUCAAAAUGAUAUUUAUAAAAUUUCCCCUAUAAAUAGUCUGGAUUGUCGAUUAAUGCUCACAAGAGAAGAGCGUGAGAGAGUCUCUUAAACUUGUGGUUGAGUCAUGCAGCUCAAAAGGUCAUCAUCAUCAUCUACUACUCCAACCUCCAUGAAACUCAAAACCCUGUUCCUAAACCUCAUCACACACUCUCUUUACCGUCUUUUACAGUCUCUCUCUAGAGCAAAAUCCAUUAUUAUAGAGAUAUCUAAACACAACAAGAAGAGGUUAUUCAUGAUGAUGUUUUACCUAAAAACGUCAUCCAUUAACCAACGCAAGGUCUUCUUCGGAUCAUCCUCCCAUGUUGUUGUCCCUGUAGCUAACCCUUUCUCUAUCUCUUUUCAUGCUGAUGAAGACGAGGAUGUUCAUGAGUCUGAGCACCUUGAGUGGCUAGAAGAGGAGGUUGAUGAUGAUCAUCAUAUUGUUGGUGAUGUUGAUAUUGAUCAUUUGGCAGAUAUGUUCAUCGCGAGCUGCCAUGAGAAGUUCUUGCUGGAGAAGGUUGAGUCUUAUAGGAGAUACCAAGAAAUGUUGGAGAGGAGUUUGUGAGAACUUGAGAUAACCAACAAAGAGUUUGUUUGUUUUGUUCUAAGUUGAUUCUUGUUUGAUGGAUGUUUUAAUCAAUAAAAUGGCGGUUAAAUAUUUACAAAACAUUAUUGAGAAACUUUCUCACUAAUC